AUUCAACUGGAGUUAAAUUCUGACUAUUAUAAGUGAAGGCUGGAAAUGUAAUAAGUGGUCGCUAAAGGAGUUGUUACAUAUGUUGAGUUAAGAGAGAAGGAUAAAGUAAAAGAAAAUAAGCUCGAUCAGGAUUGGACCAUCAGUUAACGUUCAAUGAAGAGGCGCUGGCCUCGGAUGAAGAGGCUGGAGUACAUAUUGAUAAAAACUACUUAAAAAUAAUGACAGGAAUAUUAAAUAUAUUUCGCCGUUUCUCAAGCUGAAGAUGCCAAUUUAGCAGUUUUGCAACUCCGUACGAGAUUGAAGGGUUUAUUAAGUAUCACAUGAUAUUUUCAUGAAUGCAUAUAACUGAAUAACGUUUGUGCAGAGUGGAUGAAUACAAGAAAACUGCUAUCUGCAACAUGGAGGAUACACCGAGCCAUUUGGAGGGUUUAACGGAGGAACCACCUCAUGAAUUUGAAGAUUUAUCAGAUUCUCAUAUUACCGAAGAGAUAUUAAAGAAAUGUUGUGGAUAUGGACCAUUUCAAAAGAAACUCACUAUCUUUGUUUUAAUAUAUGCAAUAUUUGAUGGCUUGUCAGUGUUGACUCUCGUAUUUAUAAGGGAGCCUAUUCCUUUUGGUUGUUAUCCAACAAAUUUCAAUAAAUCCUUGAUACCACCAAAUAUCGCAUUAGAGAAAUUCUUAGAUAAUAUUACUGUUGAAGAGGACAAAUGCUCUGUGUAUAAUCUGGAUAUAGAAGGAGGCUUUUAUGCCCUUCCCACUAGCAACAUGACAAAGGGGCCAUGCAACAAUGGUCGAAAGUUCUACACUAAAUUUGGUCUGUCAUCUAUAAUGUCUGAGUUUGAUUUGGCUUGUGAAAGAGAAUGGAUGAACAACUUCGCAAUAUCUGUAAUGUUUGGUGGUGUCCUUGUUGGAGGUUUCGUUUUUGGUUUAAUUUCCGACAAAUUCGGCCGCUUCAAAACGUUCUUAAUUGGAGAAAUGGUAUUCAUGGUUGCCCUUUUAAUCCGAAUACAUUCACCAAAUUAUGCUGUAUUUGCAAUCAUGUACUUCAUGGAAGGAUUUGGUGAGGCAGGCACAUAUCCGGUAAUAUACACCCUUCUGCUAGAAUGUGUAACAAAAAACCAUCGAAUGCCUUUGAAUUUUCUUAUUCAUGGAUGCUUUGCUCUUGGAGAAAUGCUUGUUUCUGGAAUGGCGUAUGUGUUUCAUGAAUGGAAGGAUUUACUGUUUGUUACAGGUUUCCCACACCUUCUGCUGUUUAUUAUAGCACUCAUAUAUCUUCCAGAAUCUCCUCGAUGGCAGCUUUAUAAAGGGAGGUUUGAGGAAGCUGAAAAAACUUUUAACAAGAUAGCAAGAACGAAUAAAAGAGGCACCGUGAACACUGGGCAUAUUCUUCAUGAAUUUCGAAGAGAAGCAGAAAGUAAAAUUAAGUUUAAUGUUGACGUAAUGGAAAAUAUAAAUGUUGGAAAGAAGGCAAAACACAGAUUAAAAAAAAAGUCCCGCACAGCAAUUGAUUUAUUAAAAAAGCCUCGAAGAGCAAUCCUUUCAGUAAUAAUUUGGUUUAACUGGUUUGUCAACAGUUUAAUUUACUACGGAGUGACACUAAACUCUGUUGAUAUGUCCGGAAACCAGUAUAUAAACUAUUUGAUGAUGGUAGCAAUAGAGAUUCCAGCCAACAUUAUUGGAUUCCUAACGUUUCGCUGGUUUGGUCAUCGUACGCCGAUCAUUUUCUUCAUGGUAUUUGGUGGAAUUAACUGUAUAGUCUCAAACUUUGUGCCAAAAGCUAAUUCUUGGUUUCCCCUCAUAUUAGCUGUUCUCGGAAAGCUGGGUGCAACCGCGUCAUUUGAUGGCAUUUAUCUGGCGUCAACAGAAGUGUUUCCAACAGUUGUACGCAACAGUGGCGUGGGUACGUCUACAUCGUUUGCUCGGCUUGGCAGCCUUAUUGCACCAUUAGUUCUUGAACUCACCAUAUACAGUUCCUGGUUACCUCUCACUGUCUAUGGAGUCUUGGGUAUUCUUGGCGGACUACUCAUCCUAUCACUUCCUGACAUGAAAGAUAUUUGUUUACCUCAAACAUUUGAAGAUAUGGAUUAUCUGUAGAGUUGUGUCAUCGUAUCUUAAGAUGAGUAAAGUGUGAAGAAUAUUCCGUGAAAUGCAUAAAAUUCAUUAUAUUUGUA